AUGAAUAUUUUACUUGUGGGUGUUGUAAUAUUUGUUUGUGAAGAAGAGAGGCAGAAAAGCAACUGUCCUAGCCGCGGGCUCGGCUUAGCGGCUGCUGCGAUCGGCAUCGGUGUUGGGGCGGCUAUGUACUACUUCUUCAGCAAGAGGCCUGAAAAUCCGCACGGCGAGGGUUCCACAGCUUCCGAAUGGCACACGGAGACAUUG